UAAACUAGUUUAUUGGGGCUGUUUUAGGUUGUGAUGCUGGGUUUGGAUGCUGCUGGUAAAACAACCAUACUGUACAAGUUGCACAUUGGAGAAGUGUUAUCUACUGUUCCUACAAUCGGCUUUAAUGUGGAGAAAGUUCAGUAUAAGAAUGUCAUGUUCACAGUUUGGGAUGUUGGUGGGCAAGAGAAACUAAGGCCACUAUGGAGGCAUUAUUUUAAUAAUACCGAUGGACUGAUCUAUGUUGUCGAUUCCUUGGACCGAGAGAGAAUUGGAAAAGCAAAACAAGAAUUUCAGGCUAUCAUCAAAGAUCCAUUUAUGCUCCACAGUGUUAUUUUGGUGUUUGCAAAUAAGCAGGAUAUGAAAGGAGCGAUGACCCCAAUGGAAGUUUGCGAAGGAUUAGGUCUUUAUGAUCUGAGGAACCGGAAGUGGCAUAUUCAAGGGACUUGUGCACUUAGAGGAGAUGGACUUUAUGAAGGCUUGGAUUGGUUGGCUUCAACUCUAAAGGAGAUGAGAGCUGCCGGAUACUCAUCUGCAGGCACCUCGACAAUCUAGUCUUCCAGGUUUAUAUGAUGUCGUGAGGAUAAUUCAAUCAUGAAGCUUGAGAGUCAUGCUUAGUUACCCUGUGGGAAGUCCUGACUGUCGUCAAAUUCUUUUGGGUUUUAUCUAUAGCUAAUGAAGCCUAAUGUGGUUCCUUACCUUUGACCAUACUUUGGCAAUUGGAUGUGUGACUUCCUCCAAUGUAUAUUCAGAUGAAACCUGUUAUCACAAUUAACUUGACUCUACGGGUUUAUACAUGCUGUAUAUGCCCCUAGAUUUAAGGUAAAUGAUGUUGAAAUGCUCUCUCUCUCACUCAGUAUUUUAUAUGAGAUGGUCUCAUCGCCUUAUUUAUUUUGUUGACA